CCUCCAAAGAAAAUAACAAUUACCAACGAGGCGGGACAGACACUGACAUCGGUGGUGGGCCCUUUUCCCGAGGGAGCUUCAUUUACACUGCGGUGCGACGUCUUUGGGGCUAAACCUCUACCUGUAGUGACAUGGUUUCGAAAUGAUAUAGCAGUCUCCAACGUCAGUGUAAAUAUUCCUUCGGGUGGAGAAAGCCACGUCCGGAGCGAACUUCGGAUAACUGGACUGGGCCGUAGAGACGUACAUUCAGAAUUGACAUGUCAAGCCACCAACAACCCCAGAACUCAACCUUUAGCUGCAACGCUUCAUGUUGAUAUGAACUUUGGUCCAUUAGACGCAAAGAUUUUGGGUGCGAACCAACCACUUUCUGCAGGUCGAAGAUACGACCUGUUAUGCCAGAGUUCAGGAUCCAGACCACCGGCGAGCAUCACUUGGUGGAAAAAUGGUCAACGCUUGGAAAGAUCGAAAGAUACGACAUCUACUGAUGGUAAUACAACUACUAGCACUCUGUCCUUCAUUCCAAAGAAAGAGGAUGACGGAAAGUAUCUGUCAUGCAGAGCAGAAAAUAAGAUGAUGUUUACGGAGGGACUGGAGGAUGGAUGGAAACUGGAGAUACACUACACCCCAGAAGCGAAAAUAAUUUUAGGAACGUCUCUAAAUCCGGACACAAUCCGAGAAGGAACUGAUGUAUAUUUUGACUGCAUAAUUAAUGCACAUCCACCCGUUUACAAAGUUGAAUGGAGGCAUAACGGCAAAACGCUUAAUAUCAACGUCGGUGCAGGAAUUAUCAUAAGCAAUCAGAGUUUAGUGCUGCAGGGAGUGUCUAGGGCCACUGCAGGAAAUUACACUUGCGUCGGCUACAACACCGAAGGAGACGGGGAGAGCAACGCCUUUUAUCUUAAUGUCCUCUAUACUCCCACAUGUAAGCCGAACCAAACAAGAAUCUAUGGUGUAGCCAAGCAAGAAAGGGCCCAGAUUUCUUGUCAAGUAGACGCGAACCCCCAAGAUAUCCACUUCAGAUGGACGUUCAACAAUUCCGCGGAUUUAGUGGAUGUUGCACAAUCACACAUUGCAAGAAGUGGCACUUCUAGUAUUGUGUCGUACACACCAAUGACGGAAAUGGAUUAUGGUACACUUCUAUGUUACGCAACUAAUAAAAUUGGAUCGCAAAGGGUUCCUUGCGUAUUUCAUAUUAUAGCAGCAGGUCGUCCAGAUCAGGUGCACAAUUGUACGGUCCUUAACAUCUCAAUGACAUCAUUCUCCUUGCGAUGUUCAGAGGGGUUUAACGGUGGACUCCCGCAGUCGUUUUUACUCGAGGUUCGUGAAAGCCAAAGUCAGGAGAUCAAAGGGAACUUAACGUCUCCGGUGGCCAGAUUUCACGUGUCCGGAUUGGAAGCAGGCGCACAGUAUCAGGUGGCACUGUUUUCUUUCAAUUCGAAAGGCCGAAGCGAACCAGUCAUUUUGCAAGCGGCCACACUUCGCAUGCCCGAAAAGCAGCUCACUGCGGAAAAAGAUUCUCAAUUGGCCGCCUUCCGUUUUACUCCGAUGAUGAGCGUAUUAGUAGGAGUGAUAUCUGCUCUACUUAUAGUCGCGUUGGUGGUGAUUUUGGUUUUAAGAUUACAAUGCACCCAAAACGAAGGACGCAGGAAGAGACAUAAAAACGCAGUGGUUGCAAGUGGAGGCAGUUUGGAACACAGGGGCUCUGGAAGUGGUGCUACACUCAGUGACAAAGGUGGCGGCAGUCCGAUUUCCAAACACGAAUCAAGUGCCGGUGAAUGUGAUAGCGAUGAGAAAAAUCCGGAUAUUAUUCCACAGCCAGUCGACUCGGAUGAUUUAUCUGAUUAUUCUAGGAAACGGCAACAUAUUUCAACAAUUGAAACCUCUCCAAGCAGAAGUUUGUUGCAUCAAGCCGGCAAUUCCGGUUAUAUGGGAUAUUGCACACUCAGGAACGGAAUGCCUCUCCAUGAAUUGGCCACCCAAUCAAAAAUGCUCCCCGGACCCCCGCAAAUGAUGGGCCCAUACACAUCCUGCACAUUGCCACGGCAGCCGCCUCAACAGUGGCAAUACGGGCCAGUUAGUCACUUACCUCCGGGAGUGUACCCAGUACAGUACCGUCAUCCAGGUGCGCAACAGCAAAGACCUCGUCCUGCUCCGCGAGACCCUCCCAUACCACUUCAGCCCUUAACCGCAGCCGAAGAAGAACCCUCAGUGGAAACACCACUGAUGGCAAACAAAAGAGAAAGUACCGUUUGACAGAUUUCUUCUAUGUAAGCAACGGACCUGAAUCCAAAACAAGGUCCAUAAGACUCGGUUUGACUUGAUCAACUGUGACUUUAUCUACGGCUUUUAUGUAUAUAGAUAUAUGACAAACUGAACUACAUAUGUAUACAAAAAGCUACACUAUAGUUUUGUUUGACAAAUUUUAAUUAGUCUAGUCCUAAUUUAGGACCUACUAACAAUCAUUAUCCUUAUAGAACAAAUUGCAACGUUUCGAAUAGUUUUGAAAGUAUUACCUACAACGAAAUUUGUGAUCGGUUUAAUAAUCUCGAACGAGCUAUUAGAUUCACAGUAGAUCAAAUUCAAACGUCAAGUGUAAACAGGGUCUAUCAAGUAGGAUCUCCUCAGACGAUUUUCGCAACUGAACUUUUAUACUACCCGUGUCCUUUCCACGAAUUCGAUAAUGCACCGAAAACAUAAUACUCAAAUCAUUGUAAAUACUCAGAAAUUUGUGGACAACCAUCCAAUCGAACGUUUUUUGUAUCUGUGAAAUAAAAACCCCUCAAAAUAAUGUUUAAGUUUAAGUGUAUGUCACAUAUCUGUACAUUUAUUUUCUUAGAGUAAAUAAAUCUAUAAAGACGUGUUUGGCUGGUAAAUUCCUAUAAAUAAAAUUAAUUCAAGUAAUUUAAUAAUAUGUAAUAAAUAUAACUUUUGAAAAAUUGUUUCAUUUUAUAUAAGUAUAAAAGCAUUUGUACAAUUGUAAAUAGACUUUGAACAAAAUAACUUAAAUGUGAUAAUUUAACUGUCAUUUUCUAAAUAUAAGACUUGAAUGUCUUGGUUUGUGAGAGAAUUUUCUUCAGAGAUGUCCCAUAGAAUAUAAAUAUGUUAGUAAUUUAGGCGCAAAUUGGCAUUAGUGUAACAAUUUCAAACAAUUUUUAUAAAUUAUUAGUACGUAAGUAUAAUUUAUACAUUAGUGACUAGUGACUAGUCUAAUGUAUCUCUAUGAAAAAUACGUUUCACCUUAAUUAAUAGUGAAAUGCCAAAAAAUUAAUUAUUUCUGAAGAACUGUCUCAAGUUUGUUAAAAAUAAGGAUUUUUAUAAUUAAAAAUGUAUAUCCUAUUAAACUUAUAUCAAAUCCCCUGAGUAAAAGAACGUAUUUGUAAAUGUUUGUAAAAUAUUGUAAAUAUGUGUGACAUUUUUGCCUUGUAAAUAAUCUUCAAGUGUUCACAUCUACAUACGGUUUUGGUAAUUAUUUAAGUAAAAAAUAUGUAUAAGGAUAUUCGUUACCUAUUCAAUUAAUUCAUCUGUGCAUAUUUAAAUAUAAGUGUAUAAA